ACCACUGAAUUGAAUCGUUUUCUUAAUGAAGCACCCUGAGGAAUUAGGAUUUGUAAGGGAAGUAAAACCUGUCUUUGAACAUAUGCCACCAUCGUGUGAAGAAUAUGUAUCAGAGUUUCUUAAAGCUGUAAAAGUUGCUGUAAAAGAUGAUGAUUGUGGUGAUUUUAUUAAAGUUAUGCAAGAUUACUAUAAAAGAAACAUCGAUGAAACGUGUCUCCUGGAUAGAGUGAAGGUGCUGCUCGGAGGGCAUGCGAAUUUAAUCAGGGAAUUCAGCACCUUAUUUCUUCCCACUCGAAGGCAUAUCACGAUUCCUCCUUGGGAUCAGCUUCCUCGGGAUGUGCUUGACGUCAUAUCCCAAAAACUUGAUUUUGACGACCUCUUUCAAUUUUCUCGUGUCUGCAAAGAUUGGAGACUAGUUUUUCAUGAAUCAAUAGAUAAAUCAAAAUUCUUGACAUCCCAGGAACCUCUCCUUCUUGAGUUUUUUAAUUAUCCUGUUAAGGUACCAUAUUCCUUUACUAGCCUACCCACUCAAAAAGUUUAUCCUUUGAAAAAGAUGAUGAUGAACCACCUAUUGAGUUAUUCCGAUAACUCCUUCCCUAUCUAUGUUACCUAUUCUAGUGGGUAUUUCAUUAUGAUUGCUGAUAAUUCUUCGAUUCUGCUCGUCAACCCAUUCACACGAAUAAAGAAGAAAGUAAUCUGUCCAUCCACCUUUGAGUUUAGUUCCUCCGCUCAACAUACAUACCGUGCAUUACUUGCUUUUGACAAAUGCUCUGAGGAAUUUGUUUUAUUAUUUUUAUUCAGACUUUCUAACGGUUUGCAUGUCUAUCAAUCUCGAAAUAAUGGUUGGGUUACAUAUUCCACUGAGGAUAAUGAGGAUGCCGUUGUUGACUUUGUGGCUUUGAACAAUAAAAUAUAUGUUGUUACUGAGGAGCCCAAGAUAGGGGUACUCUCUUUGGAUUCACCAAAUAUUGAAUAUCUACCGAUGGUGAAUUCUCCCAACUUAAAUAUUGUCUUAUCAUUCUUUAACUUGGUUAAAUGUGAUGAACAACUUUUACUGGUUCGAUUAAAUCCAAGUCUCCAUCCUAUUAUUAUGCGUGGUAACCCUCCGCCAGAGAGAAAAGUUUACAAGAUAGACUUCUCAACCAUGACUUAUGUAGAACUCGAAACCUUGGGAGACAUUGCAUUAUUUUAUGUUGCCUUUAGAAGCUGUAAGGCAUUGAUCAACCCAAACAAAUGGGGAUAUGAGAGCAACUCCGUGUACGAAGUCUAUAAUUGUGCCAAUAAAUGUCCCCGUAUCAAAAAUCCCUUUUGUACGGUUUAUAAUUGGGAUAAAAAAUCAGAGAAAUUCAUUGCGCCUCCUAAUCCUAGAACAGCGGGCAGUGUCUUUGAUUGGUGUUUUAGACAUCCUGAAAUAUGAAGUAGAUUGUUCUCUCUUUGAGUAAAAUUUGUUCACCAUAGGAAGUCGCAGAAAA